AUGGGGUUCCUGCAGGAGGCGUUUUGGAGGCGCGGGCUGUUGCAUUUCAUCUGUGUGGGUGCUGAGUGUGAGGACAGGCACGGGUUCCCUGGUGGUCUAGUGGUUAGGAUUCGGCGCUCUCACCGCCGCGGCCCGGGUUCGAUUCCCGGUCAGGGAAAGGUGUUUUGUUGCUGCCUUGCCUCUCACCUCCCCACGGUCCAAGCUUCCCCCCAGGGGUCAGGACUGAGCCUCGGAGGACCCUGGUCACCCGUUCACCCGGUGGUCCACUGCUUGGUCGAGUGCCAAGUGGGUCUCUCGGAGAGUGUUUGCAGAUGGCUGUGUGCCAAGGGAGUGAGGAAGCCGAGGGUCCCGGGGCCACCUUCUCUGGGGAAAGGCUCUCCCAGACCCCGGGAAUCCAGUGUUUACACCAGGUUCGCCCAUUCGACCGCCUGUCUGAGGCCCAACUUCCACCCCGAGAGCUCCAACCACCGUGCUGGGUUCCAGCUCCAGCUCUGUCCUUAUCCCUUCCUGCUCUCCACCGCCAGCCAGCCGGGCCGGGACACUCCCGGGGCCAGCUGGGAGCACAGGGUUCCCGAGCAAGGACAGCCCCCGAACCGUCAGCUCCCGAACCCAGCAGACGCAGACCCCAGAAAGUCAUUCAGAGUCUGCUGGGAUCCGGGGAAGCCGCUCUCCGCCCGGGCCCCUCCCCUGUCCCCCCGGCUUUGGAAGGCCACGGCCUCCUACCCCCGCCAAGGUUCUGGAGGAGCCGAGCCCUCGGAUCCCAUUCAAUGGUCUGUCGGAGGGAGGGGCGGGCUCCUCCAGACCCUUUCUUCCGUGCUCCCAGAAAAGCCGGGAAGCAGAACCCGGCACCGCCAUCGCAGCAGAGAAAAGACACCGAAGAGCAGCAGGAGCCGAGACCCUCCCGGGACCCAGGUUCCCACACGGAGUGCUCCCACAGGGCCAGCAGCGCCAGAAGUACUAGCCAAUGCCACCAGCACCAGCAGCACGAGCUUUAACAGCACUGGCAGUUACGGGAGUACGGGCAGCAGCGCCGGUCCGUCCGUCUGUCAGUUCCUGUGCCUAGCCGACCAGAGUGGGAGGAACCCGCCUGCCCUGUGUGAGGCCAGCACCCCCGCAUCUGCCUCUGGAGCCCGGCUGCCUGCUUUUUCGGUGUCCGCAGGCCGUAGGCUGCCAGAAGUAGCCCGGAACCCCAAAGAGGCAGCUUGUCCGAGUGCAGCGAGGCGGGGGUGGGGCGGCCGGAGGUCUGUUCCCGAGCCGUUGGUACAACAAAGGCGAGAGAGCGAGGCCAUCCGCCUGGAGGAGAUCUCUCCCUUGGUGCGGAACAAGAUGAAGGAGACCGCAGCGGCCUACCUGGGGCAGCGAGUGAGCAGCACCGCCAUCACGGUGCCAGCCUACUUCAGCGACCCGAGGCGCCAGGGCACUAAGGAUGCGGGGACCAUGGCGGGGCUCCAGGUGCUGAGGAUCAUCAACGAGCCCGUGACUGAGGCCGUGGCCCACGGGCUGGACAGGUCGGACAGGGACAGGCGGGGAGCGCAUUUGCUCCUCUUCGACCUGGACCGCGGCAUCUGCGACCUGUCCGUUCUCACCGUCCACGACGGCAUCUUUGAGGUACAGGCCACAACCAGGGACACCCUGGACGGAGAGGACUUUGACAACCCGCUAAUGAACCACCUCGUGGGAGAGUUCAGGCGCCAACCCCGGAAGGACCCGAGUCAGAACCAGAGGCCCCUGCGGGAGAUGAGGAGCGCUGUGGAGCGAGCGAGCCGAAGGCACGCUGUAGUCCAGCGCGCGGGCCAACCUGGAGAUCGGCUGCCUGGACGAGGGGGUGCGCCUGUUCAGGGCCAUCACCCGGGCCGCUUUGAGGAGCUGUGCUCUGACCUUUACCCGGGCACCCUGGAGCGGGUGGAGAAGGCCUGUGGGACGCCCAGAUGCACAAGGGCCAGAUCCACAGGGUCGUGCUGCUGGUGGUAGUAGUGGGGGUGGGGAUGGGGGUAGGGAAGGGUCCAUCCUCAUCCCCCGGGUGCAGAAGCUGCUGCGGGAUUACUUCCAGGUCGAGGAGCUCAACAAGAGCCUCAAUCCCGACGAAGCCGUGGUCUACGAUGCAGCGGGUGCAGGCGAUCGUAUUGAAUCAUUGCACGAUGUGGUCCUCCCCCCCGCCCCCGCUCCAACACCCCCCCCACCCCCCCCCCCCGUCCCUGUGCCUGGAGACAGCAGGCGCUCUGUUGACGACCCUGACUGAGCGUGACUCCACCAUCCCGGCAAGCAGACGCAGACAUCCUCGACAGCAGCUUGCUGGGUGGCUUUGAGCUGGCAGACUCCCAUCCCCUCCACCCCCACCCCCACCCCCACUUCCCCCACCCCCGGCCACCGCCGGCAAGCACACACACACACACACACACACACACACACACACACACACACACACACACACACACACCCAGGGCUACGAUUCCCCCAGGUGGAGAAGACCUUUGAAGUGAUGCUGGUGACAUCUUGAAUGCGCCAGCCACCGUCAAGAGCACGGACAAGGGCCGACAGGAUCGCUAUGGCCAAUGACAAGGGCCGGCUGCUCGGCCUGGAGGAGGUGGAGAGGCUGGUGCGGGAAGCCCAGAAGUCCAGCCAGGAGGGCAGCCAGCUGGCUGAAAAGGAGUAUGAACAGCAGACGUGGGAGCACCUGUGUCACCCCAUCCUGGCCCAGCUCUGCCAGGAACCCUGGGCACCUGCUGCAGGGAGCAGCUGUGGGACCCAGGCCAGGCAGGCAGACCCCAGCCCUGGACCCACCAUACUCCCACGGGGGACCCUCCUGGCUGGAGGUCUCUUCUCUGAAUGUUGCUCCUCCUCCAGGGUCUCAGGCCUUUGCCCCAAGUGCUUUCAUAGGCAUCCCUGUCCUCAGUGGAUCCUGGAAAUGAGUCUUCCUCCUCUGACUUUCCUCCCUCCAUCUUCCCUUUCCAGCCCAGACAAGCCACACAGUGUCUGGACAGGCUUUCCUGCCACUGGUUUCGUAGAUCUCUUAUGUUAGCUGUGUUUUCUAGGACUUCUUCUGUGAAAUAUUUAUAUUGAUAUUGUUUCUGUAAAAGAAAGAGGGUCUUGGAAUAAAUGGUGCAAAAUUUAACCGCAA